AUGUCAUUGUUAUUGCUACAGAAACUACUCAUGGCCAGUGCUGCACCGACUGCUUCAUCCACAAAGGAAACAACAAACUAUGCUAGGUUGUGCCGUCUGCUUGUGGGUCUUGGAAGCCAGGCUCUCAGGGAAACAUUUGAUGCCAUCCAUGCACCGGGAAAUCUACACACGAUUUUGGGGACAAACAAACCCACUUUGCAAUCUCUCAGAGCAAAGAAGAUUAUCAAUCCAAUUCAAUGGGGGAAACUUUUCCCCGCCAUCCCUACCUCAGUAUCCUCACGCGAGUUUGACACAACUCUAUUGGUGGUUCUGUUGAGAAACCUGUGCGGCUUAACUGCCCCGCUAACCGGCUGGGACGCAUUACCUGCCAUAGCAGACCUUAGUAAGGAAGCAGAUAUUGCCCGGGUUAAGCAUUUUAGGAACACUGUGUACGGUCACGCCGAGAAAGCUUCUGUUGAUGACGUGAAGUUCAAUGACUACUGGCGUGACAUCCGGGACACUCUGGUCAGAUUGGGAGGCGUCACUUAUGAAGCUGCUAUUGACGAUCUCAGAAACGAGUGCAUGGACCCUGAAGUUGGAGAUCACUUCAUGGAAUUACUGAGUCAAUGGAAAAAGGACGAGAACAACAUUAAAGAUCAGCUGGACGAAAUAAAGAAAAGACUUGAUGUCCUGACGGCUUCAAAAGAAACAACUGAUCAAGGUACCUUUUCAGCAGGAGCAGGAGCUUGCUCUCAUAUAUUGCGUUUCAGCACACACGUUUUUCGGACGUUGGCCGGUGGUCUGGCACUAAUAAUGAGGUGCUAGAUCCCUUAGCAGAUCUCGCUGGCUCGCGUUGCUGAAGGCUUCAUACUUUCCUGCGGGCGAACAAACGCUCUUGUUGAAGCGCUGAGGACGACCUCCUGCUCGAGAAUUAUUUUUUUUUAAAUAAGUGAAAGAAACGCAUUGACACUAAGAGCUACUGGUAAAAUGUAAGCCUGCUUUUGUGGGUACUUUCAAAUAUCAAGCGUCGAAGCCAAGGGACCUUUUGGAUGGCUUCGUCAUUCGUUGCUUUGAAGUGCACACAUAACGGUUAGCUUCACAGGCUAUGUAUUGUACCAAAACAUUUGAUGUUGUAAACAGAGCAAAAAUUUAAUAGGAACAAAAUUUCUGAACAGUUAUUUACAAGGGACAGACUUCUAAAAACGUGGAAAAGGUGUUUCUCUUGUAAAACGUAAAAUCAAUUGAUACUGGUAUGAAAAUAAUAUUUUCUCGCUUUGCUUUUUAGGUGAAACCUCUACAUCAGGAGAAGUUUUGAGUAGACGGGCAAUGUGCAAGUACCACGAGAGCGAAGAAGUUGAGCAUUACUGUUUGAAGUGUAAGGUUUGCAUCUGUCAGAAUUGUCAACAAGUACGUCAUAGAAGGCACUCAAGGGUUAAAAUACAACAAGCUGCUGAUGAGCGAAAGGCCCCAAUGGCAAGGAUCCUGUACGACGCUAAAGCAGAAAUCGUUGUCGUCGAGAGUAAAAUCAAUAAGCAAAUCGAGCUGAGGACGAAGAGCAAAGCUAGAAUGACUGCCGCGGUAAACAAGGUGAAUGAAACUGUUGAAGAACUCGUCCAAGUGCUGAGAGAUCAGGAAAAGCUGAUGAAGGAAAAACUGACUCAGAUUUAUCAAUCACAAGAAAAAGAUCAUGAGGCGCAACUAGUAAAAUUUCAAAUGUUUGCCAGAGAAAUGAAAAGAUCCGUUGAACGUGGCGAAGGUAUUUUUCAAAGAAACGUCGCUCUAGAAAUCCUUGAAGAGGAGCAUUCUAUCUUCUCUCCCUGUAAAGAGCUUUUGGAUCAAUGUCAGAAACUGGAACUCUACAAACCAGAAGAUGUCAACUAUGUUGUCAACAAAGAAAAUGUAUCGGCUUUGAGACAACUAUUUCAGCUGCCACUGGGUGAAGUUAUUGAGCACGAUCAUUCUCAAUCAAAAACCGAAGGAGAAGGCUUGAAAGAAGCGGAACAAGGCCUCGGGACUAACUUUACAAUCACGACACGAGACUUGGAAGGAAAACAGUUUUAUAGCGAACAAGAGGAAGUGACUGUGACUAUCAAGUCACCAGAUGGAGAAGAGGAGACACAGGUGGAAGAUUGCAAAGAUGGAACGUACAAAGUGCAUUACAUUCCGAAAAGUGUCGGACAACACGACGUUAGAAUCGAGGUGAAUGGGUGGCCGCUGACUGGUAGUCCUUGGAGAGUGAACGUGAAGCCGCAUAAGUACCAAGUGGUGAACUCCCAUGGAACACGUGGACAAGGAGAAGGCGAAUUUGACUUCCCAUGGAACAUUGCGAAGAACGAUAAUACAGGAGACAUCGCCGUGGCAGACUUUCGUAAUAAGCGCGUUCAUUUGUUUGAUGUGAUAUUGGAAAUACAUUUUACAUUUAAAAACUUUACUUGGGACAAUAAACCUUGGGGCUUUCCGGUUAAUUUUUAUCGUUUUAUCGCGUUGAGACAGGAUCACAAACUGCUGAACGUAAUCAAACUAGCAUUGUCUUGCAUUGUACAAAACGUCCUGGGGUUGACUUCAACAUAAACUCAUAGGGGAGGGGCGCCUUAAUAGUCAGGGAAUUUUGGAAAGUUCUGUUUGUAUUAUAUGAAAGGGAUAAAGUUUAUCAAUAAAUCUAUUAACAUAGGAAUGACAAUUUCCUCGAUUGUGAUUAGUUUUAAAACUCCUAUUUUCCACUAAUUCACUUGCCAAGUUGUUGUUGGACAGUUCAAUAAGCCAAAUACAUUCAAAGUUGUAGUUUAAGUCAACCAAUCACAUUCAAAGUUGUGGUUUAAAUCAAUCAAUCACAACCUUGGUUUCAAUCACCAUAGAAACAGUGGAUUCCUAAAUUGGGGCUUUCUUUCUAGGACAGGGUUCAUAUGGUUGGUGCAUUUUAAAAUCUUUCAAAAGAUUAAACGUUCUUGUGGUAAAAAACAAUGUCUGAUGCAAAGCACUAAAGAGAUGGUAAAGGAGGCACAAAUCAUGUAGACUCUCACACACAAAAACAUUCCUGCAAUAAUAGGAAUCCAGCUUGAAAGAGAGCCUAUAUCUCUAGUGAUGGAGUUCAAAGGGGAAGAAAAUACAUCCGCAACAGUCAGUAAACUAUUGUAUUGCAAAGAAUCCAAUGGGCUCACAUUCACUCCAAAGGCUUUCUUCAUUGUAGUCUCAAAUCAAACAAUGUUAAUAUGUAAUCCAAGAUGGUGGCUCUGGGUCCCAGAACCUAACUUCUGAAGUUUGGUUUUAUAUGAGACAGGCAGAGUGAAACAAAGAACAUGAUUUUUACAGAUUAUGUGUAAUACCCAAAUUUUAUGAACUGCUGAAAUUGGCAAUAUUCUUUCAGUUAUCUAAGGAGCUAUUUAUGACAAAUUAUGUUAUUAUUAUGCUAUUUAUGUCAAACAAAAAGAAAACUGCAUGUAGGCUGCUGGUGGAAACCCUCUGUAUUAGUCUGCCCUCUUCCACAGUUAGCAGUGGGAUUAGGAAAGUCACACCACCAAUGUUGGAUGGAUGGCCAGGUAUACAAUUGGAAAAUAAAUUGCAAAAUGUGUACCAGCAUGUUUGUUUUAAUCCCAUAUUAUGAAGUAUGAGUUGUUUUCAGUAACUUGAAGGUCAAAUUUUAUGGUAUAGUUUUCUGUAAUAAUAACUAAUUAUCAUCAUAUUGGCUUUCCAUUGUUAGACAUUAAUGCCAAUUUCUUGACCAAUUGGAAGUAAAACCAAGUAUAACUUGUUUACAUAUCUAAAAGUAAAUAAACAAAGUUAAAACUGGGUGGGUUGCCUUGAGAACCCAUCUGUUCUGGUGUGUUGUUUUCUGAGUUCUUAGAAAUAAGUGCACACUAUCUUAACUCUGGUGUAAUUUUGAAUAUCAGAACCCUGAAGAAUAGCUCUUACUAACAGACCUGGUGCAUGACACAGUAGUUUGGGUGUGUUUCUAUCUGACCAAAUGAUAGGCUUUGACCUGUUUUGAGACUUAUCUGUGUCAAUGGUACUGUCCAUCUAGUGUUAAACAUAGUACUUUUAAAUGAUUUCAGUAGACUUAUUCAUUUGAUCAUUAAACACAACUGUGUUCCCUAUUAAAUUAGUGUUCACUGUGAGAUCUAGAAUGACAUAAAUUAGGCAAAAAAAUGGUAUAAUAAAUUAUUUGAGCCUAAUUUUCUUUGUAGUUGAAAUAUUGGGAAAAGAAAGGAAGAAGAAAAUAAUCAAGAAUAGAAGAAUUAGGCAUAUGCAAGAUAACAUUCUGUUUCCAUUGUUACUUUUCAUUGUGAAGAUGUCACAUCUUUUAUCAACAGGACUGCCAAGAUGACUCAUCUUUUUGCCAGUUUCUGUUUGCUAUUGUAACAAUAACUCUUGCAGUCCACUAGCAAAGGCCAAAAAUUAACUUAGGAAUAAAACAAGGAUGCUGUGGCUCAAAAACUUUGUAUUAGGACACUGCCAGCUUGAACCUAGGGCAUUUAGGCUUUGAGAAGAGACUUUUCCCUUUUCUAAAAUCCCACAAGCCAAAGCCAAAAACUUAAAAUUAAUGAUUGAAAACCAAGGUUUUGUUAACAUUUUCUUUCAAUUAUUAUAUUCAUCUUCACCUUCAUCUCGCGCCAAGUGGCACAGAACCCAUCCUGAAACAUUUUUGUACCCAUCCUGUGAUGUAAGCUAUGUUCGCGCUAAAAAUCUAAAGGUGGGAGGCAAUAUUCACUGACUCACCUCUACAAGUUAACAUUUCUCACAGUGCUAGUUCCUCUCAUAUUAAAUAAGUCGUGCUGAUUAGACAUGGUCGAAAUGUAAAUGGUAUUUUUGACAGAAUAAUUGAAGACAAGUACGCAUGCGUUAGGGGUGUCUGGCUCGAUAUUUCGAUACGCCCACGAAAUCAAUUGACCGUGAAGAUCUGGGAGAAAGCCGUUUACCAACAGGCUACUGGAAAGCGCUUUUAGUUAUUCACCAUACGGGAUAGCUGCAUACCCACAAAUAUGUCGUAGAAAGAACAUGCCAUCCUACCACUAACAAACAACUUGUGGUUGAAAGCCGGUUAAGACAACAGGACAACAGGCAAAAGAAUGGAGUAUUCUAUUAAGAUUAAAGAAUCAUAUUACGACAUUCAUAAAAUUAACCAGGACUCCAUUCACGAGCGAUGACACAUUGAUCUCUAAUUUGACUUCCCAUGGAACAUUGCGAAGAACGAUAAUACAGGAGACAUCGCCGUGGCAGACAUGGAAAUACCUUAGGACAAUAGGGGAUUCAAACUGGCGCAGCUGUCAAGAAAAAGCAUUUUCAAGGAAUGGUGACAUGAUCCUGAUUCACGGCGAUAAAAACUCAAGAAAGAUGUCUGUCCUUACCAAUGGCGGUCAAUUUAUCGAACAGUUCAGUGAGCACGUGAUUGAUCCACGCAGUGUCUUUAUCAAAACUGAUGGUGAAAGUCAUGUGAUCGUGUGUGAUUCAGCUGACCACAAAAUCAAGGUCCUGUCGCCGGACGGUGCAGAACUACUACAGUCUUUCGGUGCCCCGGAUUGUGACGCUUGCCCCAGUUGUGUUGUUUAUCAUCAAGAAACUUAUUUUGUGUCGUAUAUGAUGGCUAAUUGUGUCACCGUUUUCAACAGGGAGGGCAUCCCUCUCUUUCACAUCGGCAGUCAAGGAGAAGUGCAAUACCCCUCGGGUUUAGCCGUGGAUGCGUUUGAUAACUUGAUCAUCUGUGGCGACAAUAAGCUUCAUAUGUUUACGCUGGACGGAAAGUUUCUCGCCUCAUUUGAUCAAGAAAUUCAGAGACCCUGGGCUAUGACUGUUUGUAAGAACGGCGACUUGCUGGUUACUGAUCUAACGAAACAUAAUGUUCUUGUUUUUAGGUGAGCUUUGCUUUAGAUCGCGAAAUCCGAAGGUCUGAGGACUGAUCGAAUCCUCGCACAGUGCAUGUUUAAGAUACUUUUGCCCUAAUAUCGCACGCGCAGUUAUAUUGCGAUAUAUCUAUUUAACGGUAG